AAUUGACGUUUUCUUUUUCUGGAAAUAGACUGGACUUCAACAAGUGUAACACCGCGUGCAUAACAUAUUAAACGAAGGAAUUUGCCAACUGUAGCGUAUAUACCGAAGCAAACAGUAUAAUUUCUUCUCCCCACCGUGCAUAAAGUGAAAUGUCCUGAAAUCCCGAUGAGAAUUACACGUACCUACCCAUACGACUCACACUCGAUAGAGAUCGUGACAAACCUAGAGUUUGCGGACUUUUAAAUUGCCAGACAUCGCGCCGCGCAGUCGACAGUUGAGAUUUAAAUUCGGUAGCGAACUGACGCGCGAACGAAUCGAACGAGACCAGGAUUUUUGAAGUCCUUAAAAAUGAUUCGUCGUAUUUAUAUUAUUGUCGCAUCGUGUCUGCUCGUGAUUACUCUACCGGUUGCAAAUUCGAUUGUGCAAAAAAAUUCGGAAGAAACCGCGAGUAAUACCGCACUUGCAAAAUUAGUUAGUAUGUUCUCGAAACCAGGGGCAUUCAAACAGAUCGAUACGCUUCUGGGGGAGAAUUCUAUCGAGGAGAGCUCGACGUCUUGUCCAAAAGGUGAUGAUGGUUUGGAGUGUCGAAGAGCCGAGGCCCGAAAAUCCGUAGAUUGUCCCCACGGAGACUGUUAUUGCAAUAAUUGCGCACUUGCUGGUCCUCAAAUGUGGGCUCCGUGUUGUCGUCAAGGUUUGAGAUGCUGUUCUCAUCUGGCAGCAGCAUGUAGAACGUGUGAUCAUCCAACGUUGUACCCAUUUUGUGCCAAACACUUCAAAAAAUGUACAAAUCAGACGAUUGAAAAGAAGGAGAAAUAAAUUUAGUAUAAAAAAAAUGGUAUAACAAACGAAUAUUGGGUUGUUUGAAGAACCUGUAGUUACAAUUUAAGAUUUCAAAGUCAGUAGAAUCAGAAAAUUCCUUGCCAUAAUUAAGGCCUACGGUGUAAUUACAUAACUUGUGUUCAACUCACAACCACUUUGCUACAUAUUUCCUGAAUUGGCGAAUAUCAGAUACACUAGUUAAACUGGUUUCCGAACUUUAUCAGCAUUACCUGAU